AUUGUACAGUGAAAUUUUUGACUGUCGCAGACGUCAGUUUUGCGGGCUAUAUGAGCGCUUCGCAGCCACAAAAUCAUCAGUUUGAAUUUUUCCGUGAUAAAAUCAUCUUGAAAGUGUUUGGUGUUUGUGCGACAUCGAGCCAUUUCCCACUUAAUUUAUUGUCAAUAAACAUGAGUACCUACAGUCAAGAAAAUUGUCAACAUCCCGUGCCUAAGGUGCGGCCCAUACAGAAUCAUCUUUGACGCAUCGUCAGUAAAUAGAACACAAAAAAGUCAAAAUAACCAAUUGUAAAAUUGCAGAAACUAUCAAGCAGAACAACCUAACAACAACACGAUUCUGUUUCUUUUACGUAAAAUCAACAACAAAUUUAUCAUCUCUACUUAAUUACAAAAUAAUAAAAAUCCCGAAAAAUCUCAGAUCUUAAGAAAAUAAGGAUCUGAAAGAUUAAUCAACCAACAACAAUUUAAAUCAUCAGUGAAAGUUUCUUCAGGAUCAAAUUUAAAAAAAAUCCUACCAAAAUCUUAUCCUUUCCUCAUCUUAUCCUUUGAAAGUAAAAGUAAUUUUUUGCAUAGAGAAAAUUGCUUGUGUAACGUAGAAGAGAAAUUUUCUUAUUUUCCUUAAAAAAAAUCCAUUUAGAGAAGAGGUUUUGUGCGUAAUUUGCUCUGAUUGAUUGUUUGCCAUUUUAUUGAUUGAGUACUUUUUGCAUUAGGCCUUGUAGUAUUUUUUUGUAACUUAAUUACAUUUUAACUAUUUAAAAUACAUUAGAAGCAUUAGAAGAAAGUAAGUGAAGAAGGCACACCCGUUGUGUCAUUUUCCCUUAUUUUAUAGAAGAAAAGUAUCUCAAUUUCCGAAUUUUGUAGGAAAAUAAUCUCAUUUUUUUACGAAGAAAAAACAUCUUAAUUUAUUAAUUUAUUUAGAGCAAAAGGGUAAUUGAAGUUGCCCACGCGAAACUUUUAGGAAGAAAAGUAAAAUAUUAAAUAAAAAUCAAUAAUGGCUGUCUAUUCAACACCCUACAUACCUGACAUCAUUAGAUUAAAACGCUAAAAAUGUUUGUUUAGAACCCAUAGAGGUGUGAUAUAUUUUUGAUCUUAAUUUUUUUAGCGUCAAAAAAUAGUAGACGUCUUGCUAUUUACAAUUUUCUUACGUUAAUAAAAAAAAAUAAUCAAGUUGUAAUAUCUUUUUUUCUGAUUUCAUCCUUUCAAAAACAUCUCAACAAACAUUUUUGGUAAUUUAAUUUAAUUUAAAAGAAGAAAAGGGUUUGUUUCUUGCGAAGAAUUUUGAUUUUUAAUCAAUAUUUCUUUUUCUUUUUGAGUAAUUUGAGGCAUUAGAAUUAAUUUUGUGUGUAAACUACUACAGUUGUUUUAUUGCGAAUCGAAGAGAGUCAAUAAAGAGCGACUCAAGUAUUUGUGGAGAAAAAAAAUAAUAGAACAUCAACACAUCCUUUCAAAAUCCUCCUUCAUUGAAAAUUCCUGUGAAUCCAUUCUUAUUUCCAAGCUCCCAAUUUAAACAAUUUAUUAAAAAAAAAAACAAUUACCAGAAGAUCCAAUAAAAAAAAAGACUUUUGAACCAGUGUGCAAAAAAACUCCUGCACGAGACCACACAAGCUAAGAAACAGAAAAGAAGACUUCGAGAGAGAGAGAAAAAGGAACAAAAAAAGAAGGAAAACAUGGAUCCAAUGAGUGUGGAUUUGCUGUGGCUGGUCAUCGUGGGCUUCGUGAUUGCCUUUAUCCUGGCAUUUGGAAUUGGCGCCAAUGAUGUGGCCAACUCAUUCGGCACAAGUGUGGGCUCCAAAGUUUUGACCCUCCGCCAGGCGUGCUGGUUAGCAACAGUGUGCGAAAUUGCGGGCGCAGUUCUAAUUGGCUACAAGGUGUCUGAUACAAUGCGAAAAGGCAUCCUCGAUGUGGGCAUGUAUGAAAAUUCGGAGAAAGAGCUCAUGUUUGGAUGCGUGGCUGCACUUACGAGUAGUGCAGUUUGGCUGUUGGUGGCAACAUUCCUAAAACUCCCAAUUUCCGGAACACACAGCAUUGUUGGGUCAACAAUUGGUUUUAGUUUGGUGGCACGCGGCUUUCAGGGUAUCAACUGGGCAACAUUGGGUACAAUCGUUGCUUCCUGGUUCAUUUCACCGCUCAUAAGUGGUUUUGUCAGUACGGGUCUCUUCUGGCUGCUGCGCAAUUUUAUUAUUGCAGCAAAGAAUCCACUGAGAGCUGGUCUCUUGUCCCUUCCAAUCUUCUAUGGACUCACAAUCUUUGUCAAUGUCUUCAGUAUCGUGCACGAUGGACCAAAAUUACUGUACAUGGAUGGCAUCCCCACAUGGUUGGCACUUGUUGCGAGUAUCGGUGUGGGAUUGCUAGUGGCUGUGAUCGUGCAAGUUUUUCUCGUUCCACUCCAGCGUCGGCGCAUCUUGGGCAUCCCCAAAUCAUCAAAGAAGCCCGUAACAUUCACAUUUGGUGAUUCAGAUGCAAAAAAACUCAACAUGCGUUUUUCUGUCCCCACACCAAUAGCUGAAUCAUCACCCGGUGGCAGUCCGAAGCGCAACAAACGCCAAUUGUAUCUCGUAUGCGAUGGCAAACAAUUGCCAGCUAUUACGGAAACCACUGAGCUUACAUCUCUCACAAAUGGUAGCUGUUCACCGCAACCUAAGAUAUUUUCCGAUGCAAAUUUGACCAAACAUUGUGAUCUCAAUGGCUUCACCAACACCAAGGGGACAACAAAUGGGAACUACAAAAUCGAUCCGAGUAUCAUUAAGCGUGCGGAGAAUCUUUUGGGGAAGACAAGCUUGGACAAUACAGAUCUCACCAUAACGAGUCUCAAUUACAUCGAUGAGUACCAAAAUGGCUUGUCCAAGAGUCCCCCAGUUGCAAAUGCCCUCAAAGAGCAAGAAAUGGUGGACUUAUCGCCUCAAAAGAAAGACCUUUUGGAGGUGGAGAGUGCCACUGUUGGGGGAGAAAAGAAAAAUCUCAGCACUGUGGAAAGUGGUGGAAGUUUGGAUCAUAUGAUUUCAACAACAAUCUCACCCAAUUCAAGUCGUGUCCCCCUUAUUUCUGGCGGUGCCAAUGCCGAAGAAGCUGGUGUACCCAAAGCAGCUGAAUCGAGAGAUGUUUCCCAACUAUUUUCCUACUUGCAAGUUCUCACGGCUACCUUUGGAAGUUUUGCUCAUGGUGGAAAUGACGUGAGCAAUGCAAUUGGACCCCUUAUUGGCCUCUAUUUGAUCUUCAAGGAUGGUUGUGCACUUCAAAAGUCCGAAACACCGCUGUGGCUUUUGGUUUAUGGUGGUGUGGGCAUUGCUACGGGAUUGUGGAUCUGGGGACGUCGUGUUAUUCAGACAAUUGGAAAUGAUUUAACAAAAAUCACACCAACAACGGGUUUCACCAUUGAAAUUGGAGCUGCUCUGACUGUUCUGCUGGCAAGUAAAAUUGGCAUUCCCAUCUCCACGACACACUGCAAAGUGGGCUCCGUGGUGUUUGUUGGUUAUGCGAACACAGCAAAAUCGUGCCGAACACCCGCGGAAGAUGAGGGUGAGAUACCGGAGAAGGCAGUCGAUUGGAGUCUCUUCCGGAAUAUUGUGUACGCCUGGGUGAUUACAGUUCCAAUUGCAGCUGCCCUCAGUGCAGGUUUAAUGUAUCUCCUUGUUACGAUAUUUCUGUAAAAGGAAAAUAAGAAGGAAAAAGGAGUAAAUUAAUGCAGUUGAGUGUGAAAUAUCAUCAUCAGUGUAUUUGUGCAGAGGAGAGAGAGAAACGAGAACUACUUAAUUGAUAUUUAAACUUAAUACCUAUUAAGCGCAGAACAAUUUAUACUUUAAUAAUUAUUUUUUUCUUUUCAAAAAAUUAGACAUCCACAAAUUUACUGUGGAUUCUUAAUUUAACAAAAUAAUGUGUAGUUACUUAAAGAAAAAAAAGAAAGAGAGAUAGGGCAGGUGAAUUUGAAGAAAAAAAAUUACAAGAAGAAUCGGCAACAGCGGCAUUUUGCUGAUAAAACAAUGCUAUACGACGGCAAAAAAAAGGUUUCUUUCAGUUUUUUAUACUUAAUCAAUUAAAGAAAAAAAACUUAAACUAUAUUUGUUUAAUGUAAAUGAAGCUCGUAAUUUAAUCGCUGUGCGAAAUGAGAAAUUUUUCAGCUAUAAGACAAAUAAAGAUUUUUUUUAAAUAUAAACUAAAAGAUAUUGAUGAACAAGUUUGAUUUAGCAUUUUGAGAACACAACCACCAUUGAAUAUAGAAUUUUAUUGUCCACAAAAAAUAGAACUUGGCUUAUCAGUUUUCAUAGGAAAAAUAUGAUCCCAGUGAUAGAAAAUAUUUGAUUUUUUUUUAAAGAAGAAUUCUUAGUGAAACCUACAAAGUGAUAAAUUCCUUAAGUUCCCACUCCAGGAAAAAAAAACCUCCGAAAGACAGGAAUUUAUGUUUUAAAAGAAAAAAAAUAGAAAAGUUGUUGCUGAUUUAAUUUUAUCCAUUCACAAAUUCUUAAAAACUCUGUCUUUCACAGGAUUUAUUUACUUAAUUUUUUUUGUCUAUACUCUAAAAGAAAACUCUUACUCUAUGUUGAUGCCUAUAAUACUUUCUUUUGUAGAAUUAAAAGAAAUAAAUAAAAACAAUGACACUGUAGUAGAGCAUACGAGAAAGAAAUGUAGUGAAUAAAAUAAAUUUUAUGCAUCAUUUUAUGCUCUUGUGAAAAGAAAUAAAAAAGCAACAAAAAAAUGCAAGGAAUAACCAUCAAAUUGAAUGUUGAGAGAGUCUACAAUAUAUUUUUAUAAUACACUCUAAAUUCCCAUUUGAGAACACUCACAGACGGACCUAAAAAAAUAUUAAUUUCCCGACAACAAAAAAAUAAGAGAAAAAAAAACAAGAUAAAUCAUUUCAAAAAUAAAACAAUUACAACUGAA